AUGCAGCGCGACGAGCUGGAGUCGCUCGUCGAGUGCUUACUUCCAGGCACGCGCGUCGCGCGCUCCACGCACCUCUCCGAGCUCUGGGCAGGCUACGGCCACAUCUACCGCCUCACGCUCUCGCCGUCGCCGUCCCAAGAUGCAACGUGCAUAGUCAAGACCAUCUGUCCGCCGCCCUCGGCCGGAGGCGAGCAGGACGAAGGCCAUCUACGCAAGAUGCUGUCCUACCGCGUCGAGGCCAACUUCUACCGCGACUUUUCGGCACGGCUGGCGUCUCCCGACGACGGGUGCCACAUCCCCACGUUGCACGCUGCGUCUUCGUCCGACCAUGAGGCACAGACGCUUGUGCUGGAGGACCUCGCGAUCCGAUUCCCCGUGCUGGCCGAAAGACGAGGCACACUCACCGAUGCGCAGCUCAACAAGGCGCUGCAAUGGCUUGCAUCCUUCCACGCUCGGUCGUGGAACACCCAAUCCUCCACCUUCUGUCCUCCACCAUUGCAGGCUGAUACAUGGUCGGGUCGGGGGUUGUGGCAGCAAGGCGGGUACCACUAUCUCGCCACACGUCGCGACGAGCUUUCCAACAUCGAACCACGAUCUCGCUGGGGCCAGCUUGGUCUACAUGCCCAAAGCGAUCUGCCUUCGAUCGUCGAUUGGUGCCUCAACAAUCCGACCGACCGUUCGCGGUUGUGCCUGAUCCACGGUGACGUCAAGGCGGCCAACAUGGCCUUUUCGCGCGACACGCGCCACAUGGCCAUGUACGACUUCCAGUACGUAGGCAUCGGACUCGGCGUGCAGGAUCUCGCCAAGUUCCUCACCACCUCGAUCCCCUCGCAUCACCUCGCACGCGGCGGCGAAGAGGCCCUACUGCGCACCUACCACAAGGCUCUGCUCGACAGACUGCCCAAAGGCGCAGAGUACGAAUUCGACGAUUUCAUGUACGACUGGCAGCUCGCCCUCGUCGCCUGGGUGCGCUUCUUGGCCGGCUGGAGCGGCGGCUUCUGGGGCAACGUCGACUGGCUCACCUCGCGCGUCGAGGCCAUCCUCACCGACCCCAACUGGCUACACACCAUCCGUCAGCGCUACCAAGCACACACUCAAUCCUAG